AUGAACAGCAUAAUGAUUUAACUUUAAACCUUAUAGGUGGCAUACCUGAUAUGGAAACCUGUCCUCAGGAUACCUUGGGACUCAGUAAACUUGGCCAAGCAGAGAAAGAUAGAAAGUUGAAAAAGAAUAGUAAAUCAGGGACAGAGUUGUUGGAAGAAGCACGAAGACAAGGUCUCCCGUUUGCACUGUGGGAUGGGCCCACUGUAGUCGUGUGGUUGGAGCUUUGGGUCGGAAUGCCAGCAUGGUAUGUAGCAGCCUGUAGAGCCAAUGUAAAAAGUGGUGCUAUUAUGUCAGCCUUAUCAGAUACUGAAAUACAACGAGAGAUUGGCAUCAGUAAUCCACUCCAUAGAUUAAAAUUACGCCUAGCUAUCCAGGAGAUGGUAUCACUCACCAGUCCUUCAGCACCUGCAACGUCUCGAACGACCUUAGCAUAUGGGGACAUGAAUCAUGAGUGGAUCGGCAAUGAAUGGCUUCCUAGCUUGGGUUUACCUCAGUAUCGCAGUUACUUUAUGGAAUGUCUAGUUGAUGCUCGAAUGCUGGACCAUUUGACAAAAAAGGAUCUUCGGGGGCAACUCAAAAUGGUCGAUAGCUUUCACAGAAAAAGCUUACAUUGUGGAAUAAUGGCUUUAAAAAGAUUAAAUUAUGAUCGUAAGGAACUGGAAAGGAGGCGUGAAGAUAGCCAGCAUGAAAUUAAAGAUGUUAUGGUGUGGACUAAUGAGCGAGUGAUACGUUGGGUGCAGUCAAUUGGACUUAAGGAAUAUGCCAAUAACCUUUUAGAAAUUGGAGUUCACGGUGGACUAAUUGCCCUAGAUGAGCUUUUUGAUUACAAUGCGUUAGCCCUAUUGUUACAGAUACCGACGCAGAACACACAG